GAUGCCAUGGCCGCUGCCAGCUCCAGCAGGGCCAGGGCCGGGCCGCCCUGCGAGAAGUCCCAGCUCUCUGUGAAAGGUGGCAUGAGGAUACCCCCGAUUCUGAAAGAUGCUGCUUGCUCCUCUGCAGCAGGCCAGGGCUUCAGGCACCGUUGCCUGCUUCGUGUCCCAGGCACCUGCCAGUGGUUGCCCUCACAAGGACACAUCUUGCCCUGUGUCAAACCAGCCGAAUUCCUCAACUUCCCUGCCACGACCUCCCCUACAGCCCCAGCUCCUGGACCUGUGAGCGAUGGUGGUCUCGGCUGCGCUGCAGCCGGGGGCCCUGGGGCAGGUCCUGAGCGGUGCCUGGUGAAGGAGGGUCUUCCCCAGGAGUUGGUGGUGGGGCUGGUGAUGCUGGUGGAUAUGUUGGAGAACAGGCAGCUGACCCUGGACCUGCAGACGGAGAACAAAGGCAGCGUUGUCUCUGGCGGAGAGCUGACGAUUUUCCUGGACGGGCCCGCUGUUGAUCUGGGAAGCCUGCCUAAUGGCAGCGCCGUGACAGAGGGUGAGUGCUGCCCGGCUCCGCAUGCGUGCGCCGGCUCUGAGCACGAGGCAGGGACAGGAGGAGCGGGGCUGAGAGCACGGGCCCCCCGCACCUUUGAGCAAGCACCCCAAUGCCAGCAGCCGCCUCUGCCCCCAGGGUCCCAGCUGCCUGGACGGGAGCCCAGCAGCGCGGCUGCAGCCACGGAGGGCAGACACCAGCCUCCCAGUACAAACUGUUUUGGAAGCAGACCGAGGACUCACCGACAUGCAGCUGGAGCGGCCAGGCAAAACACGGGGAGUGGAGAGCAAAGUCCCAGCGCCCGGAGCCGGCACCGGCAGCAGGCCAAGAGCUCGCAGCACAGCGGCAUGGCCAACGGCACGGCCAACGGCACAGUGAACGGAGACGCAGCAGGUGCUGCAGACGUCGAAGAAGAAAGGCCGUCGGCGGGAGCGAGCAUACCGACCCCGGUGGCCUCCAGCGUGGCUGACGGCUCCGUCGCUCCCGCCCUUCCUGCCCUGACCAGCUCUGGAGAGGCAGAGGAGGCAGCUGCCGGCUCCAGCGCCCCGCCAGCCCGGGCAGCUGUGCUAGCCCUGGAUGCUCUGCCCCCCGGGUGGGAACAGCGAGAGCUGCCUAAUGGUAGAGUCUACUAUGUAGACCAUAACAACAAGACCACCACGUGGGAGAGACCCCUUCCUCCGGGGUGGGAGAAACGCGUAGAUCCUCGAGGCAGGUAUUACUACGUGGACCACAACACCCGGACCACCACGUGGCAGCGCCCCACGGCCGAGUACGUCCGGAACUAUGAGCAGUGGCAGUCCCAGCGAAAUCAGCUCCAAGGAGCCAUGCAGCAGUUCAGCCAAAGAUUCCUGUACCAGGUGAGAGCUGGGGGGAGACACGGCGUGUGGGGAGGUGCGGGCUGGGCUGCGUGGGGUUGGCCACAGAGCCAGAGCUCGGAUGGGAGAGCCCACAAGCUCCUAAGCUGCCUGCAGAGAACCCCAAGCCUGGCUGCUGAGCUGCGGGGUGUGCAGGACGCGCUCUGUCCUGUCGGAGCUGGGCACAUGCUGAGGAGGCCGUGGGAGCUCGAGAAGAGACAGGACAAUGGGCGAGUGUAUUACGUGAACCACAACACACGGACCACGCAGUGGGAAGACCCUCGCACACAGGGGAUGAUCCAGGAGCCGCCGCUGCCGCCCGGCUGGGAGAUGAAGUACACGAACGAGGGCGUGCGCUACUUCGUGGACCACAACACUCGCACCACCACCUUCAAGGACCCGCGCCCCGGAUUCGAGUCUGGGAGCAAGCAGGGCGGCUCCCCGGGCGCGUACGACCGGAGCUUUCGCUGGAAGUACCACCAGUUCCGCUUCCUCUGCCACUCGAACGCUUUGCCCAGCCACGUGAAGAUCAGCGUGUCCCGACAGACGCUCUUUGAGGAUUCCUUCCAACAGAUCAUGAACAUGAAACCGUACGACCUGCGGCGCCGCCUGUACAUCAUCAUGCGAGGGGAGGAGGGCCUGGACUACGGCGGCAUCGCCAGCGGCUGCGUGGUGCUGGGCUGCUGCUUGCCCCCACUUGCCGCCACGCCGGCGUUGGUGCUGCCGCACGCUCGCCCGCUGCCCCCGGUCUGGCGCAGGGGCUCCUGCUCUCCGCCUCUCUCCGUGUCCUGCCAGUGGUUUUACCCUAUGCGAUGGCACGCUGGCUGCCUGCUGACCGCCCUGCGCCCUCCCAGGCUGCUGACAGACUGGAGGUUCACGCGGGGUGUGGAGGAGCAGACCAAGGCUUUCCUGGACGGCUUCAACGAGGUGGUGCCACUGGAGUGGCUGCGCUACUUCGAUGAGAAGGAGCUGGAGCUGAUGCUGUGCGGCAUGCAGGAGAUCGACAUGAACGACUGGCAGAAGAAUACCAUCUACCGGCACUACACCAAGAACAGCAAGCAGAUCCAGUGGUUCUGGCAGGUGGUUAAAGAGAUGGACAACGAGAAGAGGAUCCGGCUGCUGCAGUUCGUGACGGGGACCUGCCGCCUGCCCGUCGGGGGCUUCGCGGAGCUCAUCGGCAGCAACGGGCCCCAGAAAUUCUGCAUCGAUAAAGUUGGCAAAGAGACGUGGCUGCCUCGGAGCCAUACAUGCUUUAACCGCCUGGAUCUCCCUCCCUACAAGAGUUAUGAACAGCUGAAGGAGAAGCUGCUUUAUGCGAUUGAGGAGACGGAAGGAUUUGGACAGGAGUGACGGAGCUUUGGCGCUUUCCCGGGGCAGGGAGGGCCCCGGAGCGCUGCAGGCCGCGCGGUCCUGCCCGCCGGCACGCGCCGAGCCCUCCCCGCGAUGGUGCGCAGGCAGCUGCGGAUGCUGUUGCUCUUGUUCCCGUGCGAUAUCCGCACUAUUGCAGCCCUGGGGGAAACGGGCCCACGUUUCCCUCCCCAAGCAAAUUAGAGGUGUGGCGGGGGGCUGGACACAAAAGCUUGGCUCGGCUCAGCUCGUGAGGGGCGCGGGCUGGCACAGAGGGGAUGGGGCGAAGCUCUGGUGCGCCGAGGCUGCCGCUCCCCCCUCGCAGACACAGCUAAAUGAGAUCUGGUUUUGGCACAGGCUAAUUUUCCCCAUCGUGUUUUCUGCCUUUUCGUGGCGUUUUAAUCCAGGCGGGUGAGGAGGGGAACUGAAAUGGCUCUCGAACUGACUCUCAGGUGCCAUUUGGGCCCUAUCCUGCACCCAGCAAAGGUACCGGAACCCCCAAGCGAUGGUGCUGGGGCCGCUGCACCGCACGAGGACCGGGACAGCCCCUUCCCACGCCAGACCCGGGGCCUGGCUGACUCUGUCCGUUGCGUGUUUUGAUUUGCAAGCGCGUGGCCCCCGUGCUGUUGUAUUUCAUAGCUGAGCAGUUUGUUGCUUGGAGCUGGUGCUCCGCAGCAGCCGCGGGGGCUCUGGGCACACUGGGGGCCCGUCUGGCCUUUGCUGGGUUCAGGGGUUUGGCCCAAACUCCCCGCGUUCCCUCUGGCGCUGGCUGGGCUGGGGGCAGGAGCCCCCAGGGCUGCAGGCGAGGGCAGGACCAGGCCCCUGCCCCUCGUCUGGAUGCCACCGCUGCUGCUGCCCCCUCCCCGCGGCGCCCGGGGAGCCGGACCCAUGCGGGCGUUGGCGUACGGAGCUGUACAUAAAGGUCUGCGGACGCAAGACGCUGCAGGAGCUUUUGACCGGUAACCAGGUAGUUUUGUACUGCACCAUCCUGCCUCAGCGACGCCGACGUCUCGUGCAAUAAACGAUAAGCAGCUGCC